CAUUACGAAAUCAUUGUAUCGUCAUCAGCGUAGCGUCACGGUUGUGCUCUUUUUAAAAGAAUCCAGCUUAAUCUCAAAACAGUUAGCUCCUAUUUCUAUAGUAGUGCAGUUCCAGGGAUCAUCCACAUUCACAUCUAUAUAACUACACACGCGCGUGAGAAGAAGAAAGUGGCAUCUCGUCUGAUACGACGGAAGAGUGAAAGAGAUAAAGAAUAAAAUUGAUUUUUCACUUGAAUUUCCUUCGUUUUUGUGAGGAAUUACUAGCAAAUUUGGGCCGACGUUUUUGAUUGACAUAAAGUGAUUUGUGGCCUGUAAAAUAAAAACGGAUUACAAGUGUAAAGUGCUUUGAAACCGGAAACAUUUGCGAUCAAAUUACCCAUUCAUCGACACUCGCUAAAAGUGUCUGAGCAGAGUUAUCGCCAGUUUUAAAAGUGCGAAAAAGUGAAAAAAAACGUGUGUGGAAACACAUACAACCAAUUUCUUCGUGAAAGCAAGUUAAAAGUACAGCCUCAAAAUUACUACUUCAGUCAUGACGAACAAAGUGCUAGCGGCCGUGCAAGAUUUACAAAAACAAAAUGGCGAAUCGCAGAGCACCAAUGCGACGGCUUCUGGAAACGACACUACCCGUACCAAUUUGAUUGUAAAUUAUUUACCUCAAACGAUGUCUGAAGAAGAGAUCCGUUCGCUCUUCUCCAGUGUUGGUGAGGUGGAAAGUGUGAAGCUGGUGCGCGACAAAAAUGUUAUCUACCCGGGUCAACCGAAGGGACAGAGCUUGGGGUACGGUUUCGUAAAUUUUCACCGUUCACAGGAUGCCGAACAGGCAGUAAGUGUGUUGAACGGUCUGCGCCUACAGAACAAAGUACUGAAAGUGUCAUUCGCUCGCCCCAGCUCGGAAGGAAUCAAGGGAGCUAACCUUUACAUUUCUGGUCUGCCGAAAACCAUCACCCAAGAAGAGUUGGAGGUUAUUUUUAGACCGUAUGGGGAAAUUAUUACGAGCCGUGUUUUGGUACAAGAUGGAAAUGAUAAACCCAAGGGUGUCGGCUUUAUUCGGUACGAUCAGCGCAAGGAAGCCGAACGAGCAAUUGCUGGAUUGAAUGGAACAACUCCGAAGGGACUGACCGAUCCGAUCACUGUGAAGUUUUCGAAUACUCCCGGACAAACCACUGCAAGCACUAAGAUUGUACAACCGGCUUUGCCUACUUUCCUGAACCCGCAGUUGACUCGCCGGUUAGGAGCUAUUCAUCAUCCAAUUAACAAGGGUUUGGCACGUUUCUCACCGAUGGGAGGUGAAGUGUUGGAUAUGAUGUUGCCAACUGCACCGACUAAUGGUAUUGGAGCUGUUGCUCCAUCUGGCGGAUGGAGCAUUUUCAUCUACAAUCUUGCACCGGAAACAGAGGAAAACACGUUGUGGCAACUGUUCGGACCGUUCGGAGCCGUCCAGAAUGUGAAGAUCAUCAAAGAUUCGGCUACUAACCAGUGCAAAGGAUACGGAUUCGUCACCAUGACCAACUAUGAGGAGGCAAUGCUGGCGAUUCGAUCACUGAAUGGAUAUACGCUCGGCCAGCGGGUGUUGCAAGUCAGCUUCAAAACCAACAAAUCGAACUUCGGUGAUCACUAAGUGCAAGAAACUUGCUGGUUUGAGUGGAAGGUUUGUUAAACUCAUCGGUACGCCACCCCUCGCUGAGGAGAUCGAUAAACCACCCCCGUCGCCGAGCUACGCUGGUGCAACGCUUUCUUCACACAUGCACACAAAUCAGACUACUACAAAUUAAACAUUCAACCAAAUUGACGAGGGUGCGAUUUUCGUGUCUAGCAGUGAGCAGGGGUGCGUUCCGCUGAGUUUGGAAUUCUUCCAACAUUUUUAUUCAACGAGAGACGGGGGUGCGCAUGCGAAAAACAUCAAAGCCAGCCAUGAAAAAUAGAAAAAAAAACUUACUGUAACCCCCCCUUCGCGGUUGACGUUGCUCAACCUUAUAACUAGAGACAGAAAAGACUCAGCAAAAUCCGCAGCAAGCGAGCAGUGAAACGAAGCCAGCGAAAGAAGAAGAGCUAAAAACAAGUAUGUGUGCAAUUCAACCAUGUUCUAUUCUUUCUCUGGAUAUUCUGUUCCAUUAUUUCAGCCAUUGCUUUCGCUUUGCUUAGUUCUCGCCCGCUAAUCGAGCCGUAAUCUUUAAUCUUUGAUCACGACUGAUUCUUUGGUUAGAUAUUUUUUUUCCAACUUGUAAUCAAAGCCUACUGAGACAUAGAGUUGAACGUUACUCAAAGUUAAAAGCAAAACGUUGGAAAACCGUGUAGCUUUCUACGCUAGUUCGCGUUUUUUUUCUAGCACGAGUAUCGCGUUUCUAGUGUUAGUACACUACUCUUUUCAUUAGAGAUUAAUUAGCAACUCAACUCAUGAUGUGCUCUUUUUUUUCGAUUCGGUCGGAAUUUGUUUACACAAUAUGCGCAGCUGGAAUGAUGAUGAUGAUGAUAACGUGUGAUGUGAUCGGCCCCAGAGACUGCACGUUCUUGCUGCGGAUUUACACAAGUCAUUAGAAGAAUUUAAUUUUUGUUUUCACGAUCUGUUCGGCUGAAAAAUUAUCUUUGGAAAUUCGUAAUUCUAAGGCUUCAACAUGCUAACGGACUGGCUGAGGUUGAAACCAUAUUAGUUUAAACUUUGACAGGCUUCCUCUGGUAGGAGGUCACAUUUAACAUUUACCGUGUCUGUGUGGAGAAGAAAGCUGUCAGUAAGUCCAUUGAAUGAACAAUGAGAGAAAGAAAAAAAAAACGUUACAGUAAAACACAACGGUUGCAUUGCUGACCGUUGAUGACGAAAACGACGAUCAAUGAAACAAACAUAGCUAAGUGCAGUGAAAUGCCAGCUAAAACAUGAUAACUGAAAGAAACACGAAAAUCUAGUCGAAAGAAAAAGAAACUUUUACAAAAGCAUAGUAAAAACACAGGAUAGGCUCUUUUACGCGUUAGUCUUUAAUGUCCCCCUUACUAUAUUAACUGAAGAAACUACAAUUAAUCUAUACCGACAAAGUGUAUUUUCGUAAAGUGUAAUGAAAGUGGUACUGCAAUAUUUAUUAACAGAAACGAGAUAACUUCUAAUAUACCAACGUCGCCACGAUUUUAGUUCAUCACACAUUGCACAUCAGAGCAUUAAUGCGAGCAAGCUACGAUGAGAAACGAUACAAAAUAGUAAGAUUGUGUAAUAAUAUUUUAGGAAAAUUUUAUUUAUUUUUACAUCUUAUUUAUUGACGAAAGAACAAAAGGGAAACUUGCUAAACAAGAACAAGUUUUACAGCUUAAGCAUUAACACGCAAAGGAUCUCAUAUUAGUGUGAAAUAAGUGAAAAAGCAUAAAUGUGGUUAAAUUUAGAAAGAACCCCAUUCAAAGCCCAUUGAAUUAGUCAAAUUGAGAAGAUAAAAUCUACGGACACAACAAAACAAAAAAAAAAAAAACGAUGAUGGAAGAACGCGCAAAUUGAAAGAGACACAAAACAAACGAGAAACGUACUUAAGAAAGGUAUAAAAAUAAGUCAAAUGAGCCAUACUGUGGUCGUCAGUUGAAGAUAAAGUAGAAUAAUAACUAGUUCCCUGACAAAUGGAGAUAUUCUGUUUUGUUACAUACACUCUUCCGUUCACUUGUGGCCAUUCAGGUUUUUUUUUCGUAUGGCUUCAAUGUUGCUUGAUUUCGGAAUUUUUUGUACCAACACUUACCAACCCGUUGUUCAGGUCUGGUAACAGAAAUGUGACGAUCUAUUAUUUAUUUUUCUGUUUUCGUAUCGGUUUAUUUUUUAUCCGAUUAUGAAAAAAAAAACCACAAAUAAAGAAUUCUCAUACAUUUACGAGCCAGAAACCCACCACAUGGGCCGCGAACUUUCGUCUUUGUUCGAGGCUUGAUCAGAAAAUUGGCACUAAAAACCGAAUCUAAGCAGAUCUAAAUCUCAUACUAUGAGGGUAAAAUUCAUACCUUUUAACCAUACAAGCUAAGCAAAGCAUCAUUAAUCUGAAAGUGUUGAGCCUGAGAGGAAGGAAUGAAUUAUAUAUAUAAACAAAACUGCAAAUUAAAAAUAUGUGAAAGGAAAAAUAACAAUGUCGCACAGUAAUUUUAAGGUAACAUAAACCAAGUUAUUAAUAUAUACAAACUCAAACCCCCUUUAUGAAACAGGCAUCGCUAAAAACAGAAUGGUAGCAACACAAAACAAGAAUACUCCAACUUACCCUUCUCUCACAAAAAAACCUGAUGAUAUUAGAACGAAGUAAGAUGUUAGAAUGAAAUUUUCUACUUUAUUUUCUGCCUAGGUUCAAUUUCGAUUAUUCCUGGGUUUUUCAUUAACAUAACAAUUCCAUUUCCCUAAGUUCCACAUUUUCAAGCAUUUAUGUGAAAUACCAUUCGUAACUUCUAGUCUAGAGGCUGUGACAGGUCGCCCACUGACAGCCGAGUGUUUAGCAUCGAUGCAACCGAAAGUGUCACGAAAACGGGCGUUUACUCCUCGUGAAAACAAGCAAAACAACAAAAAAAUGCAACAAUUUUGCCGAUGCUAACCAUCCGAAUCUAUUCCAUUAAACUGUGAUACGAGCAAAACAAGAAAAUAACAUUUAAGAAAUCAAGAAUGUGUUGACACAUGUUUCAGCUCGAUUUGUACACAAGCACUGUGUGCCGUAUAUAUUUUUAGUUCUCGCUGAGUAAUGACUUUUUCGAUCUUUUCUCGCUCGCUCUCGAACAUUCUUUGCGCUUUGCGCCCCUGGUGGUCGACUAUGCACGAAAGGGCACACGCAUCCAUUUGACAUUUGAUGGCAAAAACCAAAAAACAUGCAUAAAAAGGAAAAAACAAAAUGAGGAAAGCGAUACAAAUGGCUUCUGGAGCCAAAGGGCAAACGAGAACAUUUUUGAUCUCUGUUUUGUUCUACUGCAUUUUCAGUUUCUUUCUUAGUUUGUUCUUUUUCUUCGUUUGAUUCUAUGAUUAUACGUUCGUUUUUUCGUUUGUUUUGGUUUCUUUCGUUUCGUGUUUUUGAUUUCGGUUAACAUGAUAAGAGUCACAUAGUAGAACCAGCACCACUGUACCAACGAGUUCUAGCAAGACAUCCAGUAAAUCCAGGAAAAAAUCAUUCAGACAGAGCAGACAGAAAGAUAAUUAAUUUUUGUUUUAUAGUUUGCAUUAUAAUUGUUUUUAGGAUCCUAGCAGGAUGUGUACAAUUUUCUUUUUCUUUUUAUUAUAAUUUCGUUAAAAAAAACGGCGAACACAAACACAAACACGCGUAAUCAGAGUAGGCCAAACAACGAAAGGGCAAUAUGCAGUAAUGAAGACAGUACCAGGUGUCGUCGUUUCCGUAGAGUGUUGUUGCUACUUAUGGAUUUUGUGUUAUUAUAUUCUUCAGUUAUUCAUUGUUGUUUUCGUCUUCGUAUUAUGGUUGAUACGAACAUUAGUUGUAAUUUUAUUUUUAUUUACUUUGGUUCAUGAAGUCUCGAGAAGGUAAUAUCAAACGGUAAUAUGGACGUAUGCGGCGAAGGACGCAUUGCAUACUUAUUAUCUUCUCCACUUACUGAACUGGUUAUAAGUUAAUCAUAAUUUACUUUAUUUCAUUACAUGAUUUUCCAUAAGUUUUAUAUUCGUUUAUUUCUUAAUUUUUUUUCUUCCUUUUUGUGUGUUUUCUUUUCUUUAUUUUUAGGUUUUUUUUUAGAAGGAAUUCAGAGUGAUGUGUGCAAUAGGAUGUGACUAUAUGUUUUCUUUCUACCUUCUUCUCACCUUAAUCUGCCCGCUCUUGUUCUUGCUUUGGCUUGAUAAGAUUUUAAAAUAAAAUGAGAAAAUAUAUACUUAGAGCGAAACGAACAGAGAGAAAAACUAUUUAUUUCAACAGAUUUUCAUACUUAUUUAAAAACAGAGCAAGUUUGGAUAGAGGAUCGUUAGUAAUUUAAGUAUAUUUUUGUAACUCUUUAGUGUAUUCAUGAAUGAUUUUCCGUAUAAACUGGCAGUUUGAUGCUCCAUAAUUUCAAUUAUCUACAGUUUGCAACCAACCGAAACGUACUCUGUUUGUUUGAGUAUUAACGCAAUAAUGAACAAAGAGUGCAGUUCCUUAUUACUGAUCAGAUGAAACUCAUAUAAAAAAAAAUGCGUCCAAGAAUCUAGUAUAAUGUUUCACAAGAGCGUAAAGCGUAAAGUUUGGUGACGAUAAAGUACAAAGAUGCUUGAGUAAAACAAGUGAAGUUAGCAUUCCUUCAUGUUUUAAACGGAAAAUCGUAGCUCCACAUGAUGCUAGAUUGUUGGACAUCCAAAAAUAAAUAAUCUUAAAACAAAAAAAAAACUCAAACAAAAACAACCAAAAACACUAAAACUAUGAGACGAUAAAGAGUCGCUGUCGAAACACCGCUCGAUUUCCGUUCAAGGAUUCAGUUUCCGUAUUACAGCACCAGACCAGAUACCACCUUUAGGACAAAACUGAGUGGCUCUCAAAUAACUUCUAAUACUGAUAGUGCAGAAAUCUUUAGCAAAAGUAUCAUAAACAUUUGUCACGUCGUGUAGUUUGAUUUAGUAUCUCACCUUGCGUUAUGUUUUCGACAAACUUCAAACAAAUUCGAUUUCGAACCAGUCACAAAACAAUAGCCGAAAAGCAAGCUAGAUUGUUAGAAGCAUCAAUUAUGCUUUGAUUUGUCAUUUUUUAUAAUCGAAUUAAUCAGUGUAUGAUUUUAUUUUCCUGAAUACGUUCUUAUGUGUAUAUAUAAAAAUUAUAAAAAAGCAAAACAUUAAAAUAGUAAAAAUAUGGAAUACAAUAAAAAUUAUAAUUUA